AUGGCAAAACCUACCCACCGCUUCGAGUUCCAGAUCAAUGGGCAGAAGUACUCCUUCGACACGGUGAAGAGUGACGUAGAGAAGCAGUCUCUACCACCCUACCAGGGCUUCGCGAUCAUCCUAGGGCCUGCGACCGUACCCCUUCAAGAGCACGACGAAGUGCGAGACUUCACAAUCUACCAAGUGGAGACGCCAGAUGAGAAGAAGAUCUUCUCCUGUCUGAAAGCCACUGAGUUGCUGCAGAAGCUCAAUACACCGCACCGGGCGGGAACCAGGCCAUCCGGCGAGACCUACGAGGAGUGGGCCGAAUGGGAGAAGACUUCGCGAACCAGCAUCACUUUCGCGAGCUUCGACAUCAACGCGCGAGAUGUGCCUGGCAGCGGAUAUUAUAGAAUGGUGAUCGGGAGUUAG